AGCAGAGUCAGAAGGGGCUUCAGCCAUCCUUACAAGCCUCUCCUACUCUGUUUUUUUUUUCUUUUAUUUUUUACAGGUUCAGUAACAUAUUAACUUUAAAACAUAGAACUAAAUUACCUUCUUUAAUUUCUUGAAUUUGUGAAGUUAGAUAAAAAGAAGAGAAAAUGGGCUUCGGUAAAGAUAACAAAAAGAAGAAAUGCAUCGUCGCUGGGGUUGUCACGGGUUUGCUCGUUAUCAUGGUAGUCUCCGUGGCCGUCAUAGCGAACCAACAUGCCCAUUCUUGUAAGAAAAAGCCCGACGUGAAUAUUAAAAUGACCAGCAAGGCAGUCGAAGCGGUGUGCGCACCUACUGACUUCAAGGAAACAUGUGUCAACAGCUUCAUGAAAGCGUCUCCUAACUCCACCGAGCCUCUUGAUCUCAUCAAGCUCAGCUUCAACAUCACCAUUCAAGCCAUCAAGGAUGGUGUCAAGAAAUCCUCUGUAGAGCUCAAAGCCAAGGCAGAUCAUGAGACCAAAGGGUCUCUGGAGUUGUGUGAGACGCUUAUGAAUGACGCUAUAGAUGAUCUGACGAAGUGUUUUGAUAACUUUGCUGGCUUUUCAGUUGAUCAGAUUGAGAAAUUCGUCUAUGAUCUUCGUGUCUGGCUCAGUGGGUCCAUUUCGUAUCAGCAGACAUGCAUGGAUGCUUUUGAGGAAGUUAAGUCAAUCCUUGCACAAGACAUGAAAGACAUCUUCAAACCAUCUAAAGAACUCACCAGUAAUAGUCUUGCAAUGAUUACCAGUAUGUCCAGCAUGUUUGGAAAGUCCAACAUCACAGAAGCAACGGGAGAUCUUGGAAACAACGCCAGAAAGCUUUUGUAUGCUGAAGACGGUUUCCCAAGCUGGGUAGGACCAGACACUCGAAGGCUCAUGGCAGCACCACAAGGAGGUGUGAAACCUAAUGUGGUGGUGGCUAAGGACGGAAGUGGUCAGUACAAAAGUAUAAACGAGGCCUUGAAAGCUGUGCCUAUAAACAACAAAGUGCCAUUCGUUAUCUACAUCAAGCAAGGUGUCUACAAGGAGAAAGUCGUUGUUACAAAACAGAUGUAUCACGUCACUUUCAUCGGAGAUGGACCCACCAAAACUAAGAUCACCGGUAGUGUCAACUUUGGUAUCGGCAAGGUCAGGACAUACCUGACAUCCUCUCUCACUGUCGAGGGUGAUAACUUCGUGGCAAAGAACAUGGGGAUUGAGAACACCGCCGGUCCCCCAGGAGGACAAGCCGCAGCCCUAAGAGUUUCCGCGGACUGUGUAGUUAUCUUCAACUGUCAAAUCGAUGGUUACCAAGACACACUCUACGUCCAUUCCCACCGUCAAUUCUACCGUGACUCCACCAUCUCAGGCACCGUCGACUUCAUCUUCGGCGACUCAAUCGCCAUCUUUCAAAACUGCAACAUCGUGGUGAGGAAACCCAUGGGAGGCCAAGGCUGCAUGGUCACCGCACAAGGCCGCACCGACGUGCGUGAACCCACCGCUAUCGUGCUCCACAACUGCCGCAUCAUCGGAGAACCGGCGUAUCUUCCGGUGAAAAACAUAAACAAAGCAUAUCUUGGAAGGCCGUGGAAAGAGUUCGCAAGGACCAUAGUGAUGAGAACGACCAUAAGCGACGUUAUUGAUCCAGCGGGAUGGUCUGCAUGGAGCGGUGAUUUUGCGCUCAAAACUCUUUUCUACGCUGAGUAUGAGAACAGUGGGCCUGGAUCAAACAAAGCCCAACGUGUUAAAUGGCCUGGUAUUCAGAGGAUUACUCGUCCUCAGGCUCUUGGAUUUGCUCCUGGGAGAUUUUUAAGUGGUGGUUCGUGGAUUCCACAAACUGGUGUGCCGUAUUUGCCGAAUCUGCAAUAGAUCUCACGAUUCAUUACUUUUUUUUCAUUCUUUUUAAAAGUUUUAAAUUGUUUUGGAAGGUGAAUAUUCAUUUAAUUAUAAAGACAUUUUUUC